AUGACGUUUAUGGCCUUGAUAACGAUACCACUAUUACCCGCGAUCGGUGUGAUCGUUGACAAAUUCCGCGUGAAAAAAUGUCUGGUCAUGACAUCUCUGUUCGGGAUGAGCAUCAUGAUGUUUUCGUUCAUGUACGUGCCAAAAUUGCCCGCCGAGAGGGUUUCAAUGGUGGAACUGACGUGCGACUGGAAAACAAGAAACUUGAUCGUCCGCACCGAAAACGAUCAACAAACUGAAGGCAACCAAACGUUUUAUAUCCAAAACGUCGUCAAUGACGUAUUGGCCACGUGCAAAGUAUGACUUUUUUUAACUAUACUAUAAAAUAGAUCUUGGUGAAUUAGUCACGAACAAUUGAUAACCGAUCAAAAAAAAAAAAAAAUUAAUUAAGUAGAUAUUAAUUAAAUAUUAAAUAUUUAUUUAGUAUAUGUAUUUUUUUUUUUUUGUAAUAAUUUUUCAUACAUGGAUAAAUAAGUUAAAAAUCAAUAAAUUAUUUAAUUUUAUUAAAUUUAUUAAUAUCAUUUUAUUUAAAAAUUGUAUAGUUUAACCUAGAGAAGUCUAUAUAAAUCAAUACCUACAUAAUUAAUUUUUUUUUGGUGACCAAUUUGCAGCUACAAUCAAUUUGCAGUAACGUUCGCAAUUAAUUCAUCGGAUACUUUAUACAAAUCAUUUACUAACAAAUAACUUGGUCAUUUUUCUGUAUAUGGAAGGGUAUUUCAAAUUAUAUAACACAGUAAAUUUCACCAUGAAAUACAUAUUAUUCCAAAAAAAGGUCUAUGUGAUAUUUUAUCAAGAACCAUAAAUUAUUCGAAUGAUACGGUUUUUUUUUUUUUUAUUUCUUUGGAAUUUUACUAUUUAAACGACCCAAAAGUAUUUUUAAAUAUGUUUAACAUAUAACUUUAAUAUAUCUUAAACAUUAAAUGUUAAUAUAUACUUUACAGUAUACACAUUAAUGACGUCUGUUCUGAUUAUACUCUUAAACAAGCCGUAUUGUUUCAAACGCUAAAAUUAAUGUUCUUGGAGUUGUCUAAUAAUUUGUAUGGCUAUUGGAUUAACAUUUUACAUUGGAUUGCGAGGCAAACCAUUGGAUUUCAUCUGAUUUUGUAGUUAAUUUCCCCUAAUUUUUGCCACACUUAUGUUUGGAGUGAAACCACUAACACAUUUUGAUUUUCAAAUAGAAAUCUAUAUAAAAAAUUCCAUAAAUAGUUAAGUUUUAAUUUACAUUAAUGUUGACGUUAACAUUUUAAAUUUUCGCUGACCAUGGAUGAUGUUCUAUAAAUCAACGUACGGGUUUCACCACCAUACAUAAGUGUGAACGAAAUAAAGGCGAUGCAAUUUUUUGGAAAACGAUAUGAUUUUAAAAAGUUUCGACGUAGCCAUUUUUGAAAAAUAAGUAUAGUAUUUCAUGGUAAAAAUUGAACCUAAUAUAACAACUUAAAAUAUCCUGUAUUUUUCAGUGUGAUCAACAACAUUUUUUAGUGUGAUUCAUUAUCUCUGAAACUAUUCACUUUUUCGACAUUUGUGUUUUGGAAAAUUUGAGAAGCUCUGAAAUGUUACAGUACCGUUAUUUCGUUAUCCUUAUUUUAUAGAGUAAGACCACUAAUAGUGACCCACUUAUGAUUUUCAAACAGCAACGCAUUACACGAAUUUCAUAGAUAGAUGAAGUUUUAGUUUAAAUAUAUUUUGGUGUUACAAUGUUUAAUUUCCACCAGUGGUGAAUAGUGGUGAAUCCAUUGUUUAGUGGCGUGGCGUUUAAAUAGUGUUUCACUACUCUCCCCCUAACCAAAUAUAAAAGUGGAACACGCUGUCAAUGCCAAAUUGUACUAAAAAUACAAUUUUACCUAGUUGUAGAAUUAUUAAUAUAAAUUGUCAUUCAAAAAUCAAAAGCGAUUAGUGAUUUCACCAUCAAAAGUAAAGGUGACAAAUAAAAAAAGCCAAACAAAAUUGUAGAGUUGCUUGUUAAUUCUAACAAAUUCUGAAAAAAAUAUUAAUAAUUGCCCACACAAUGAGUGUCGUACCUAUAUUGAUUACUUUGUAAAUAUUAUUCAAUUUCUAAGAUACAAACAUGUUAUGGAUUUUAAUAAAGCACAGACAAAAAUAAAACAAAGUAAAAAAAAAAACCCUCAUUAGUUUGAAGAAAAUCGCGUACGCGUCUCGUUGUUUUUAAUAUUUGAAUAAAAAACGAUACACAAUUAAUUGUAUGGGAUAUUUUACAGUUGUUAGAGUGUCGAACUUUGAGGUCGGUUAACUAUGAUAUAAACGAUCAUAAAGGCCACCGAGUUAACACGAGGCGUCAGUUCGGAUCUAUCGGACAUUUAAAUAGUUAUGAUCGGGUAGACGUAGCGUUCAAAUUGAAAGACGUGAAACACGUAAUUACAUACUUUCUGUCGUAAUAUUCUGCUAUUGACACGUGUAUAGCUUAGCCUUUGUUGACCUAAUUAUAUUUUACAGGUCAACAAUUCGAAUGUUUUCCAUUUGACGUCCGUACAUGUUAACGAGAAGGAAACACCGUCAAUUGCCUGCAGCCCAUGGAAUUUUCCGACUUAUCGUUGUGUCAUUCAAUGUUCCAAUAAAAACGCAAUGAGGUUAGUCGCUAUGAGUACGGCGUACGGGAGGCGAAACAUUCUCGGAUUGUACCAGUUUUGGAUUUUCUUCACCGUUAUCACUUUGUUUUGGAUAUUCCUGAUGACAACGGUUUCGCUACAAAAUCCAAUUUGUUUGGACAUGCUGGGUAAAAAUAUAUACAGUCACGAUUGUUACGGGCGUCGGCUUAUUCCCUUUAAAUAUUAUAAAAUUAUAAUUAUUAUACGCAGCGCAGCAAUAGAGUAUUAUUUAAGUAUGAGCCACAACGGUAUUCGUGAAGUCAAAUUAAAUGAGCGAUAGUUGUUCGGCAUCAAAACUACAUUCUCCGGACGGGGACUGGUUGUCUAAAUCUACCUCAGCUGCUGUCAAUUUCGGGCGCACCGAAUCAGCAGGGCAACUAUCUACUAAAACUCCGGCGCAACGAAUGUGAACAAACAAUUUUAGCAAUAUAUUUAUGCGCGUAUUUUUGCACAACCCGGAUGCCGGGACCGAUGUGUGAGGUUAUCCCUCAACUGAGCAAUAACAUGUUGUUGUCGAAGACUUUAGGUGGAGGGUCUAGGGUAUAAUAUACCGGCCGCCGAAAACGCCUUUUCAUACGAGUCUGAGUACUAAAAAAACCUCGAGCACCUUCACGUCAGACAGACUUGUAAAUUAAUUAAAAAGUAUUAGAAAAUAUUUGAACUAAAUAAAAAUACUUAUAAAAUAUUGUGUCUACUCAUUCGAUUUAAACCUGACUCUAAGUUUGAAAAUACGCCCGCAACAUAAUAAACACUAUAACGCAACAUUAACAUCAUAAACAAUAAAGAAGUGCAUAGGAUAUGGCCUAACAUUUUUAUAUUUCGAAUGAUCAGAAAUUGAGACGAUUUGUUUCCAUUAUGCGACACAAAUAUUAUGUUGUGUUCGUUCUUUCAGAAUUCAAAUUAUACCGUGGUAGUCUGAGAUAAUUUAUAAUGUAAAUAUUACUAUUUAAACACAGAAUAAAUUAAUCUAUUCUACGAUUUUAAGAACAUACGCACCUAUAUUAAUCAUAGAAACUCUAGUAGCGCACGUAUUACGUAUUAGUUUGAUAAUGGGCCUUUGACUUCAGUUGACCGCCAUUCCAGAGACGAGUUUCUCAUCAGAUUAUAAUGGGCAUGUUCUAUCCUUUACGUUUAUUAUCUAUGGACGUCGCGUGUCGAUUCAUUUAAAUAAUUUAGGAAAUUCUAUAUAAAUUGACAGAUAACAAACCAGAAGAUUUCGGUAAACAGAGAUGUUGGUCAUCAGUAGGUUGGGGAGUAUUUUCGAUACUCAUCGGAUGGCUGGUAGACGUGUUCAGCGUCGGUAAAAAGGAAAAAGAUUACUCGCCAGUAUUCUAUUCAGGCAUUACGCUGACAAUAGUUAAUUUGUACGUGGUGUCAAAACUUCAAGUGCGUUAUAAUAUUAUACAUACAUAGUUAGGUUUAUCUAUAUUAUUAACGUUGGCCGCCGUUUUGCCGUCCUAAUAGGUCUUCGAAACCAAAAAAUCCAAAGGCAAAUGGAAGUGCGUACGCGGACUGUUCACUAAAUACUCCGUAAUUGUAUUUUACGCGUGGACAACAUUCAAUACAUUUUUUUAUACUAUAAUUAAUAACUUUUUAUUCUGGUAAGUAGGUGUACAAAUAGUUUACGUUUCACGUUAAACUUACACAACUAUAAUUAAUGCCGUAUAUAAUACUAUUGUUGUUUACAUUUUUUUUUCACCUCUGAUAUUCGUAGGAAGAAUAUUAUAUUGCCAUAUUGGUUCACUACGGUUUAGUGCCCGUUUAACUCUCAUUUGUCACAACCUCCCCCCUCAAGUUAGAAGUUCACUUUUAGACCAAACAGUCGCUUGUACUCAACAGUAUUUUAUAUUUACACGCAGGUAUAUGGAGGAACAAGCCAAGGUCAACAACGACCGCAACCAUCUAUUGAAGUGGAUAAAAACAUUACAAGGGUUGGUACAGGGCGUCCAAUGUUUAGGCGGCGAAAUUCCAUUUUUCUUUUGGUCUGGUUGGAUAAUCAAGAAUGCGGGGCACGCCAACUGUAUGGCCCUGACGCUGGGUUGCAUGGCCAUCAAGAUGUAUCUGUACACCGUGGUCCCGAACCCCACCUGGAUCGUGUUAGUCGAACUGCUCAACGGUCUGUCAUAUGCGUUGGGAUUCGCGAUGAAGAUGUCAUAUGCAAAAUUGAUUGCACCACCGGGUACGCUGUGCACGGUUGUCGGAUUAAUAGGAUUGGUUGACAAUGUUGGUACGUAUAAAUGUUACUAUUUAGUGCCUGUAUAAUAAGAAAGUGAUCAAUUAGGGAUUUGUUUUUUAUUGAUAUAUCCGUGGCAUGGGCGGCUCUAUUUUGCGACAUUUUUAAUAAUUUACUAUGUCCGGUAUGUUACUGCAAGCGCUAUUAGUCCACAUAGGGCCGUUAAAAUGUCUCGAUAAAGCCUCCACUGAGGUUAAAUAUUAUUAAGCCGUAAUAUACAAGACGAUUCACUGAGCCUACCAUUCCAUUUUUUUGAUUACAUUUUGCAUAUAUUUAAAUUCUGAUUUUUGGAACUUUUAAGUAUAGUUAUAAAACCGAUAUUUUUGAAUAUUUAGAUUUUUAACAACAUUUAAGGAGUAUUUUGUGAUGAUACUAACUUAAGUUUUUCAAAUGAAAACCUGUAUUAAAAAUAGCGUUCAAACAUUUUACUAAGUGUUUCGGGCAAAUAUUUUAAUGGAUUUUUUUUUUUACAGGUCAAUCUUUAGGUAGCUUGUUCGGUGGAUAUAUGUUCGGUAGGUACGGCGGAGUUUGGUCUUUUCGGGUUUUCAGUUCUGGCGCUGCGCUGAUGUGUUCCUUAACCAUACUGACGACCAGAAUUUUUCGACUGACCGAGGACUUAGAAAAAAAUAAUUACAUUGUGAUUAACAACGAUCCCGAAAUUCAAGCAAUCAAUUCCUGGAAAGGAGACGACAAUGCGGUUGUUGUAAAUUAA